AUGAGAGUGUGUGCUUGGAUAAAGAGGUUUAUCACAAAUGCCAGACGUGUGAGCAGCCGAGUAGUUGGACCAUUAACAACUGAUGAGAUUGAACGACAGUAUAAAUUCUGGGAGAAAAGAGUGCAGCAAAGUUGUGAUUGUUUAGACGACAAAGGUCGACUUAAUCUUCAAGAGGAUCACGAUGGCAUCAUGGAGUGCGGAGGGCGGAUUCAUGGGCAUUAUCCCGUAUACCUAUCAGACAAACACCUAUUCACAACCAAGCUUGUGGAAGACGCCCAUCUUCAAACUCUCCACGGGAAAGUUGGGAUGACCAUGGCUCGAGUUCGGGAGCGGAAUUGUGUACCUCGACUAAGGCAAUUAACACAUAGAAUAAUCAAAGCGUGCUAUGGCUGUCGUCGUUUCCAAGUGAAAGCAGUGCAGCAACCACCGCCUGGAUUGUUACCCAAAGAUCGAACUGAAGGAAGUCGCCCGUUCGAAGCUGUUGGUGUUGAUUUCGCCGGACCACUUAAAUACAAAAGGAAGAAAAAGGAACAGGGAAAAGCUUAUGUCUUACUUUAUGCCUGCAGCCUAACGCGACCUUUGUAUCUCGAGUUGAUGCUGAGUUUGGAUACCCAACGCUUUAUGGAAAGUUUCAAACAGUUAAUAGCUAGGAAGGGAAGACCGAGCAAGGUAUACUCUGAUAAUGCGAAGACUUUUGUUGCAGCAGCAAAGUGGUUAUGUGAGGCUCAGAGGGAUGAACGGUUUAACGAGUUUCUCAGCAAGAAUCAGGUGAAAUGGCAGUUCAAUCUAAGUCGUGCCCCGUGGUGGGGCAGUCAAUUCGAGGGCCUAAUCGGAUUGGUCAAACGGGCUCUUCAUAAGACAAUCGGAAAUGGAUUGCUGAAUUGGGAUGUUCUUUUGGAUGUUGAAGUGGCUUUGAACGAUAGACCAUUAAGUUACAUGGAGGAUGAUAUUCAACUUCCAAUAUUGACCCCUAACUCCAUGCUCUUCGUUGACAAAAGAAGUCGUGGUAAAUGGCCUCUUGGAAUCGUGGAGAAGUUGUAUAAUGGGCGAGAUGGUGUUGUUUGUGCCGUAAAACUUCGUGCGGGGAAAAUGUAUUUGGAGAGAGCAGUGAACCACCUUUACCCCCUAGAGCUAUCAUGCGAUCGUGUUGAACCGACCUCCGUGCCAUUGGAUCCCAGAACACCAGCGUUUAAACCUAAACAAGACACCGCAGUAGCAGCCGAACAAUGUAUCAAGGAAGUAACAGAGUUAGAAGUUUGA